UCAGUUUGCAGAAGUCGCUGUGCCCUGUCUCCGCUCCGUGUCUGCCGCUGAAAGUCUACUCACUGAAGAGGAGAGGAGCGACAGAUGGGAUAGGCGCUCUGCAACUUACCCGGACCUUUCCAAGUGACUGAAAUGAAUCCUGCGACAUGUUUCAAGUGGACUAAAACAGCCUCAAUAUGAACACCUGCGCUUUUCUGUUGAUUUUAGCCGUCCAGAUCUACGCCGAUGGCAUUGAAGGACCAACAGCGGCCGGCUGCACAUUCGAGGAGGACUCUGACCCCAGCCUGUGUGACUUCACUCAGGGGGAGAACGAUGACUUUGACUGGAUGUUGUUCCGGACGUACGGUUCACCUUUCUCCAGCUCGGACCUCCUGAGGGGCUCCUACAUGCUCGUGAACUCCUCCCAGCAUGCAGUGGGGCAGCGUGCUCAACUGCUUCUCCCUCCGCUGAGUGAGAAUGACACUCACUGUGUCCAGUUCAGCUACUUCCUGUACAGUCGGGACGGCCACAGCCCUGGAGCCCUCAACGCCUAUGUGCGCGUCAAUGGGGGGCCUCUGGGAAACCCUGUGUGGAACGCCUCAGGCUCCCAUGGCAAACAGUGGCACCAGGUCGAACUCGCUGUCAGCACCUUCUGGCCAAGUGAAUACCAGGUGCUGAUAGAAGCCACUGUUUCCAGGGAGCGGAAAGGCUUCAUCGCCCUGGAUGACAUCAUGGUGGUCAACUAUCCCUGCUAUAAGGCGCCACAUUUCUCCAGGCUGGGAGACGAGGAGGUCAAUGCCGGGCAGAAUGCCACUUUCCAAUGUGUGGCGGCUGGAAGGUCAUCUGAAGCUGAGAAGUUGUUGCUGGAGAGACACAAUGGGGACAUUUUAACCAGUGCGUCCGUCAAGCACCUCAGUCACCGGCGCUUCGUGGUGUCCUUUCAGCUCGAUGACGUGCAGAGAACAGACCAGGACCUUUACCGCUGUGUCACCCAGUCCCCCCGAGGCUCUGGAGUCUCCAACUACGCCGAGCUCGUGGUUAAAGUGCCCCCAUCCCCCAUCGCACCACCUCAACUGCUGCGGGCCGGCUCCACUUACCUGAUCAUUCAGCUGAACACAAAUUCCAUUCUGGGAGAUGGCCCUAUUAUCAGGAAAGAGAUUGAGUACCGUGCCAGCCAGUCGCCCUGGUCGGAGGUGCACGGAGUCAACAUGGUCACCUACAAACUGUGGCACCUGGAUCCAGACACAGAGUACCACAUCAGCGUGCUUCUCACUCGGCCCGGAGAGGGGGGCACUGGACCUCCAGGACCCCCUCUGGUCAGCCGGACCAAGUGUGCAGAACCCAUGCGUGCUCUGAAAGGACCCACAGCUUCAGACAUCCAGUCCAGACAGCUGACAUUGCAGUGGGAAAGUUUGGCGUUCAACCUGACUCGCUGCCACACCUACUCAGUGUCCCUGUGCUACCGCUACACGACUGCAGGGGGCGGCGGCGGGCACAACACCACCGUGAGAGAGUGCCUGGCCGUAGAGCACAACACUUCGCACUUCACUCUGCGGGACCUGCCCCCUUACCACAGCAUCCACGUGCGCCUGUCACUGACCAACCCGGAGGGCAAGAAAGAAGGCAGAGAGGUCACCUUCCAGACUGAGGAGGACAUUCCCGGAGGCAUCGCGCCAGAGUCACUCACCUUCACCCCGCUGGAUGACAUGAUCUUCCUCAAGUGGGAGGAGCCUAUUGAACCCAACGGCCUCAUCACGCAGUAUGAGAUAAGUUACCAGAGUAUCGAGUCAUCUGAUCCGAGCAUUAACGUCCCAGGUCCCAGAAGAACUGUCUCUAAACUGAAGAACGAGACAUACCAUAUGUUCUCCAACCUGCACCCAGGCACCACCUACCUCAUCUCUGUACGAGCACGCACCGGAAAGGGCUUCGGACAGACAGCGCUGACGGAAAUCACCACCAACAUCUCAGCUCCCACGUUUGACUAUGGAGACAUCCCCUCCCCCUUGGGCGAGACAGAGAGCACAAUUACUGUGUUACUGAGGCCUGCUCAGGGGAGAGGUGCCCCUGUCAGCACCUACCAAGUAGUGGUUGAGGAGGAAAUGGUGAAGAAGGUGAAACGUGAGCUGGGGCACCAGGACUGCUUUCCUCUGCCCAUGUCCCACGGUGAGGCCCAGGCCCGGGGCACGCCGCAUUACUACACAGCUGAGCUUCCCCCCAGCAGCCUGCCCGAAGCCAGCCCCUUCACUGUUGGUGACAACCACACGUAUAACGGCUACUGGAACACCCCUCUGGAUCCACGGAAAAGCUACCUGGUCUACUUCCAGGCCAUGAGCAACUUCAAAGGGGAAUCCAGAAUCAACUGCAUUCGAAUCGCUCGCAAAGCUGCUUGUAAAGACCACCGUAAGGCCAUGGAGGUGUCUCAGAACUCUGAGGAGAUGGGCCUGAUUUUGGGGGUCUGCGCGGGGGGCCUCAUCGUACUCAUCCUGGUGCUCGGCGCUGUCAUCAUCAUCAUAAAGAAAGGGAGGGACUACUACUCUUACUAUCCUAAGCCUGUGAAUAAGACGCCCAUCACAUACCGACAGGAGAAGAGCCACAUGGGCUCCAUGGAGCGCAGUUUCACAGACCAGAGCACUCUGCAAGAGGAUGAAAGGAUGGCUCUCUCCUUCAUGGACGCACACACCUGCGGCACACGCAGUGAUGCCCGUAGCUCUGUGAAUGAGGCCAGCAGUCUGCUGGGCAGCUCCCCGAGGCACCAUUGUGGAAGGAAAGGCUCACCCUACCACACAGGACAGCUGCACCCGGCUGUGCGUGUGGCUGACCUCUUGCAACACAUCAACCAGAUGAAGACUGCGGAGGGCUACGGUUUUAAACAGGAGUAUGAGAGCUUCUUUGAUGGUUGGGAUUGCACCAAGAAAACGGACAAAACACAGGGAAGACACGACACUCUGUUGGGAUAUGACCGUCACAGAGUGAAGCUGCACCCUCUUCUAGGAGAUCCAAACUCUGAUUAUAUCAACGCUAACUACAUUGAUGGCUACCAUCGAUCCAACCACUUCAUCGCCACUCAGGGACCUAAGCAGGAGACGCUGUAUGAUUUCUGGAGGAUGGUGUGGCAGGAGAAUUGCUUCAGCAUUGUCAUGAUCACUAAACUUGUGGAGGUGGGCAGGGUGAAAUGCUGUAAGUACUGGCCUGAAGACAGUGAGAUGUACGGUGACAUCAAAAUCACUCUACUGAAGAGCGAGACCCUGGCGGAAUACACUGUGCGCACCUUUGCCUUAGAACGGAGAGGAUACUCUACAAAGCAUGAGGUGCGACAGUUCCACUUCACAUCCUGGCCUGAGCACGGGGUGCCCUAUCACGCAACUGGGCUUUUAGCUUUUAUACGAAGAGUCAAAGCCUCCACACCCCCUGAUGCGGGGCCAGUGGUGGUUCACUGCAGUGCUGGGGCGGGGCGCACCGGCUGCUACAUAGUCCUGGAUGUGAUGCUGGACAUGGCUGAGUGUGAGGGAGUGGUGGACAUUUACAACUGUGUGAAAACCCUGUGCUCACGCCGCAUUAACAUGAUCCAGACUGAGGAGCAGUAUAUCUUUAUCCAUGAUGCCAUUCUGGAAGCCUGUUUGUGCGGAGAGACGGCCAUCCUAGUCAAUGAAUUUGCAGUCGCUUACAAAGAAAUGCUGCGAGUGGAUUCUCAGAGUAAUUCCUCACAACUUCGAGAUGAGUUUCAGACUCUAAACUCUGUGACCCCACAUUUGGACGUGGAGGAGUGCAGCAUCGCCCUUUUGCCCCGAAACCGUGAGAAGAACCGCAGCAUGGAUGUUCUGCCUCCGGACCGGGCGCUGGCGUUCCUGGUCACCACUGAGGGGGAAAGCAACAACUACAUAAAUGCAGCGUUGGCUGACAGCUUCCACCGCCAGGCCGCGUUCGUGGUGACCCCUCACCCUCUGCCUGGGACCACUGCAGACUUCUGGAGACUUGUGUACGACUAUGGGUGCACCGCUGUAGUCAUGCUUAACCAACUCAACCAGUCCAACUCCGCCUGGCCGUGUGUGCAGUACUGGCCAGAGCCGGGCCUGCAGCAGUACGGUCCGAUGGAGGUGGAGUUUCUGUCCAUGUCGGCCGACGAAGACGUCAUCACUCGUCUGUUCAGGGUCAAGAACGUGACAAGGCUUCAGGAGGGGCAGCUGGUGGUGUGUCAGUUCCAGUUCCUGCGCUGGUCUGCGUACAGAGACGUCCCUGACUCCAAGAAGGCCUUCCUCAACCUCCUGGCCCAAGUGCACAAGUGGCAAAGGGACUGUGGCGAGGGGCGCACGGUGGUCCACUGUUUAAAUGGCGGCGGUCGCAGUGGCGUGUUCUGUGCCUGUAACAUCGUCCUGGAGAUGAGCCAGUAUCAGAACAUGGUGGACAUCUUUUAUGCUGUUAAAACUCUACGUAACUGUAAACCCAACAUGGUGGAGUCUCUGGACCAGUAUCGAUUCUGUUAUGACCUCGUCCAGGAAUACCUGGACUGCUUUGAAGCAAGAUAGCAACUAAAUGUUUACCAGCGGAGGAGUUCUUCAUCCAGGAGAUUUGAGUUAAGGCUGCCCAGUGACCUUGCCACUUUCAUGUUCUGAACCGGAGACUUUCUAUUGAAAAGACUGCAGCCGCGAGCUGAGAGUCGAGGAAAAACACGCUUAAGGUUUCAACUUUUAACCUUUAAUGUGCAGCUGUGAUUUCCUCUCGUCACUGACGUGCUCCUCGUUUGAUAUUUUGUGCUUUUUUGGGUCCGUUUUGCCUCCGGACUAUUUUUUGUUAAGGUAGCAGCAAAACAAUAUUGUAAGCUACAAAAUAGACCUGUCUCUUGUGAAGAUGGGUCACCUUGGCCGUGUUUCAUCGUUUCAUUGAAGUGGCGAGGGAGAUGGAUGAAAUUUCAGAGUUUCAGCAGUAUUAUCUUUACAUGGGAGGCGUUUUCCUGUGUCCCAGAGCGCUGCGGAGGCCACUGUGGUUAUUAGCAGCACUCCUCUCCCAUACCAUGAACUGCCUUAUUCUCUGAUCUCCACAUCCUCUUGUUUAAUAAGCCUACAGACUGACACAGACUGUACAGUCGUGCAAAUGUGUUGUAUUUUCUGAUGUUUGUGCUAUAGAAGAUUACCACUUGUGCUGUAGGUGGAUGGAACCAGGCCUGGACCACCACUGGAGAUUUCUGGUCCCGUAUUGUCACAGUGCCAAUCCCAAAGGCUUGACUUGAAUCCUUUUGUUACUUUGUUCAUCUGAAUAUUUGCCUCCAAACACACAGUAUGUGAAGUGCAGGCUGUUGUGGUUGUUUUUGUGUGUUUAAUGUUAGGCCCAGGGGGAGCUGUCACCAACAUGCCAUCAAAGUGGUGUGUACAAUGUGAUAAGUGUCUGAACCAAUCAAAAGCCACAGGGUUAACUCUGAUUUACAUUGUUUCAUAUAAAGAUGCUGUUCCCCCUGUUGAAGCUUAUGACAGCUUCAAGUUUUAUGACAUUUCAAGUUUUAAAUGAUCAGUUUUGCUGUUGUUGUAAGUGAUGUAUAAAAAAGACAAUUAUAUUCAUGUAAAGACGGGCAUUAACAUGAAUUAACAUAUUUUUACAUUUACAAUUGCUUUAAAAUGACCUCAUACAAAAUGAUAAAUAUAUGUUUUCCCAGGCAAAGCAUUAUGACCAUUGAAAUCUAUAAAACAGAUGAUCUCUUUAUUUUGGCACUUCUUAGAGAGUGGAAUAUAUUUGACAAAAUAAAAAAGAAUAAUAACUUGAAAGUAAAGUUUAAAUAAACACCGUUUAUUACAUUGAAAUAAUAAUAAAAAUUACAGAUUUAAGAGAGUUUGUCAAAGGCAACAUUGUGAUGGGUUGGGUCAGCAGUUGAAACAGCAGCACUUUUUGGGUGUUCCCUUCUAAUCUGAUUUUGUGUAGUAUUAGGCAGUCAUGGUCAUUUGGUCAUGGCACAUUACAAAUAGACAGGUUAUUGGUGUUUGCUUCAUUGAUUUUCAAUGUAGAUGUGAGGCUUUCACUGUUUGGCAAAAUUAUUCUAAAUGUCAAGAAUUAUUGAUAGAGCAACUCUUGGUAACCUGCUCUAUUCUUUGAGCAUUCUUCUGGACCUACACAAGGACAACACCAUCAAAGAAAAGAAUUUGCCCACUGUUGAGUAUUCUACACUGAAUCUUCAGUGUUGUGUCUGAGUAGAGAACAAAGGACUUUGACAGAGCUGCUAGAAGCUAUAGACUGCAAUGUAACAGAGAAAGUGCCUGGAGUCUGGCUGACAGAAAGGGUUAUGUACAUAGAGAUGUAUCAUAUGUAAAGUGAACACUAUGUGAAUAAUAUGCUAUAUGUUUACCCAGAGUAAGAAUAAGUAACCACGUCAUAUUCACCAAGCUGAAUGUAAUGUAAAUGACAUUUUGUGCGUUUGUUGCCAGAUCCUUUAAUAACAUCCCCCUGUCUGUGCUCCUGGUAAACACGGCAUGUAUGAUCCCAUUGUCUGUUUUGCAUUUCACGUCGUUGUUUUCACAGAUCCCCUGCAUUUCAUGAUUUUCUACUACCAUUUGACAGCAUUGUACAUUAUUUCAGUUCAGUUUUUCUUGUAUAAUGUUCAACCAAUGGUACACGACUACUGUGUUUUUUGACCAUUGUAUUUGUAGGAAAACUGUGUGUCUCAUGAAUGAAUUGAAGCUGUUGUAUUCUGGGAAGGGGUUUCAAACAAUAAAAGAGCAAA